AUACGGUGCAAGUCGACAUGUCAAAGCGCAAGAUCUCGCUCCACAGCUGCAGCACCGCCGCCGCGGCGGUCGAAAUGUCAAAGCGCAAAAUCUCUCUCCACAACUGCAGCACCGCAGCCGCCCCCAAGCCGCAGCAACACUUGUUCCUAGUGUUGGACGACUGGGAUAAGGGCUACAGCGUUCGCAAGGUGGAUUUAGACGCUUUGGACUACGCCAACGAUGACUGCGAGCCUGACGACUUCAGCGAGCCGCCGCUCGCCCGCUUUGACGUGGUGCACGGCCACUCGUACGCCUUCGUCGCCCACGGCACCAAGAUCGUUGCCAUGAAGCCCCAUGAGGUUAGCCCCGCUAUCCCCGCCUUCGACACGGCCACCUCCGCAGUUGGUAUCCUCCCGUGGCCCGAGUUUCGCAUGUCCUUUGGAAGGCCCAUCCUCGUCUCCAUCGACGGAAGGCUCUUCCUCUUCAUCAACCGCAUCCACUACCUUGGCGACCCGCCAGUUUGCGAAGCUGUAUAUGCACCUGCAGUGCAGAAACCGUGGGUCUGGACGUCACUCGACUCGCCACGUUCGCUGCUGCCGUUCACAGCUCCUGUAUGCUAUGCUGUACACCCGGAUGGGCGCACCCUCGUGGUGUCAUCCCGUAAAUGGAGGACCGUAACCGAGGAGGGCACCUUCUCCUUCGACACCAAGAAAAUGGAGUGGACGCGCCACGGCGACUGGCAGCUCCCUUUCCGCGGCCAAGCACACUACGUAUCUCAGCUGGAUGCAUGGAUCGGCAUGUGCCACCAUAAGGGUGGCAUCGGUCAUCUCUGUUCCUCGGAUGUCGUGCCAGUUGCCGCCGGUGCAACGACCUUACCACGAUGGAAGCUCCUCGGAGAGGAAAGGCUUUUCGACCCGGAUUCGCCGCUGCACCUGGGUGCCACCCUCGUUCACAUGGGCGGCACCAGGUUCUGUCUCGUGGAAUCUAUGUGGCACAAGGCCGAUGAAGACGUGCGGCAGCGCAAGGGCAAGGAGAGUGGAAUGUACGUAGGGCCUCCUCGGGUCGUUAUUCGCAUGACAACGUUUGAUGUUCAGUAUGACAAAGAUGGUGAGCUGCUUCUUCAGUCACGGCGAACUCAUGGCUGCAGAGUUUUCAGGAGAGCCCAUGACAAGCCGGAUUCGUUGGCUGGCCCCGUGGCAUUCUGGCUAUAAGCAUCUUGAAUGCAGAUUUAUUUUUAUUAGCCCCGUGGCAAUAUUGAGUUCUGUAAAUCCCUGGAAUUGAAGUAAACAUGGUUCAGAAUUGUUUAAUAUUAGGGUCUGUCUCAGUCGACUGAGACUUCGC